CUGAAUGCUUUUCCUUGCAAUCUAUCAAUAAAACCCUUCCAGCAUUAAUUCCACAACUUCCCUCUGAAAUCGAACAAAAAAGUUUUUCAGAGUGGUUGUCAUUAUCAAAACCUUCAUUAUUAUCCCAUGCAUAUGAUUGGGUUAAUGAACUUUCUUUGCGAUAUAGUACACUUAUACAGAGCUCAAAAUUAAUAAAUGGAAUAAAGAUCGCUUUUAAAUUUUUGAGAGAACCCAAAAUCACCCCGAUAAAUCAAGUUGCUGUCUUAUUGGCACAGCCUAAAACCAAAAAAAUAGCUUAUUUGUUGGAGAAUAAUAUAGCAUUAAAAAAGGGGGACCAAUUAAACCUUAAUGAAACCCCUGUUAUUGAUUGUUUUUCAUCAUUAUAUGAAUCUUCAGAGGACUUCCAACAUUUCAAAGACCCUCUUUCAAAGAAAAUUUUUUGUCAAAUUAAAUUUCUUGCAGCAGAAAUUUCCUUUGAUUUAUCAAGUAUUAUACUUUCAGAGCCAUACUUAGAUGCAACACAUCAGCCUUCUGAAAGGUUUCAACCAUAUAAAAAUCUUUCUGAAGUAUUUGAAGAUAAUUAUGGAAAUUUAUUACCAAAAACUCUUAUUGUUGGUGGGGUUUUAUCAAGAUCAUAUGAACAAGAUUGUAAUUCUAUAAACGUUAUUAAUUCACAGCAAAUUAACUUUGAAGAAAAUAAUCAUUAUUCUCUUCAGGAAAAAGUUGACGAUCUCCUAACAGAAUGGAAUGAAAAAUACAAUAUUGAUACAUCAUCAUUUUUUAGUAAUGAUAAUGAAGCUAUUAAUCAAAAACAAAUUGGUUGUUGGUAUAACUCUCUUAAAGAUAACCUUGCCAAUUGGAGAAUUAUUUCUUUCGAAAAUUGGAGACCAAUCUAUAAAAUGGAUCUUGAUGAUAGUAAUUAUCAUAUUGUUUUUAAUGGAGAAAAUUCACUGACUCAGGAUAAUCAAUCUAAAUUAAUUAUUGAAUUUCCAAGACCACUAACUGAUAAUAAUUAUCAUAUUUUUGGAAAUGUUGUAAAGAGGAAUAAUUAUAAAUCUUGGGAAAGAGUUCAAGAAGUAAUCGUUACAUUUGAUCAUAUUGAUCAACAUAGAUGUGUUUCCUUCAUUCAUAAAAGUGAUAAUAUAAGCAUUCCAGCUGACAUAUAUUUGAAAACUGAAGGAAUUUAUACUGACUCUGUACUUGUAACUUCAUUUACGAAUAAGUCACAAAAUGACUUUUCACUUUAUAAUAUUAAUGUCAAGCGUUGGUAUGGAAAUACAGUUGUAUUGAAAGUAAAAGAACUUAUUAAAAACAAUUCUGUGCAAAAUCUUCAUGAAAAUAUAAUUAUUCAUUGGUGCAUGAUUGAUACAAAUGGAAAAAAGUUGGUAAAUAAUAACAACGAAGUAUGCCCAUGGAGUUUAUAUGGACUUACCUUUAAUGAAAAAUCCGCAAAAGUAGAAAUUGCUCCAGUAUAUUAUGGACCAAGUGAUUCAUCCAUAACAUUGGAAAAGGCAAUUGAACAACAUAGUAAACAAAAUAAUGAUACUCAAAAAACAUUUAUUAGAUUCAAAGAUGAAAAGAAUCCUAAAGCAAUAAAAUUCACUGGAUAUAUUAAAGCUGUCGAAAAUAAUACUCAGGAAAUAACAAGAUAUUAUGAAGGAUCUGCAGAUUGCGAGGAUUCAAAUCGACAA